AUGCCACGGGAUCAGGAGAAGAAUAAUCCAGGAACAGUUACGGAGAACAGCAAUGGCGAACGACCCAAGUGCUUCAGUAGCACAUUUCAGGAGGUGCUGUUCGUCUUGACUGCCACCAUGGCUAUCGGUCAACAGACGUUCUUUCAAGGUUGCAUCGUCGGAGUCACUGCAUCAAUUGGCAAUGAUCUGAACAUGAACUCGGCCGAGAUUACCUGGAUCAAUGCCGGUGCUUCUCUUACCAGUGGCGCAUUCCUCUUGACCUUUGGCAAACUGGCUGACAUGUUUGGUCGCAAAAUACUCUUCAUAAUUGGCAUGGCUGGAUUUUCAAUCUCCCUUCUGAUCGCCGGCUUUGCAACAAACGCCAUAUACAUGGACGUCUUUUCUGGGAUUCUGGGGUUAUUUGCAGCAGCUGUUGUUCCACCAGCUGUCGGGACUCUGGGCGCGGUAUAUGAGAAACCCUCAAAGCGGAAGAAUCUCGCUUUUGCCUGCUUCAGCGCCGGAAACCCGCUGGGUUUUGUCGGUGGUAUGAUCAUCUCAGGCGUUGCGUCCUAUCUCUAUAACUGGCGGGCUUCGUUCUGGGCACAUGCAGUUGUAUACGCCAUCUUCACGGUGCUAACUGUGUGGACUGUGCCGGCGGAUGCAUUUGACAGGAAGCCUUUUAAUAAGCAGGCGCUGAAGGAGUUUGAUCUUCUCGGGACUGUGUUGAUUGUUGUUGGGUUUGCGUUGUUUUCGAGUUCGCUCUCUCUGGCUGGUGACGCACCUCACGGUUGGAAGACGGUCUAUGUUCUUGUUCUUUUCAUUGUGGGAUUCUUCCUACUCGUCGCAUUUUUGUACUGGCAGUCUAUUGCAGAGACUCCUCUGAUGCCUCUUGGGUUGUGGAAAGACCGCACCUUCUCCAUUCUUAUGGCAACCCUCUGUCUCGGCCUCAUGGGCUUCACUGCUGUCAAUUUCUAUCUCUCCCUAUACUUCCAAGAGGUCAAGCACCUGUCUGCCCUGGAGAUCACCCUCAGGCUACUUCCCAUGAUUGUCAGCGGCGUGCUCGUCAACGUCGUCUGUGGUCUGCUGCUACAUCGCGUAAGCAACAAGCUGCUGACCGGGAUAGGAGCUCUGGCAUACACGGCGUCCUUUUUGAUCCUGAGCUUCAUGAAGGAAGACGCGACUUACUGGGCAUAUGUCUUUCCAGCACUGGUCCUUGUUGUUGUUGGCGCCGAUAUCCAAUUCAAUGUCACAAACAUGUACGUGAUGUCUUCUCUCCCGCCAUCGCAGCAAUCCAUUGCUGGUGGCAUCUUCAACACGGUCAACAAACUAUGCAACAAUCUGGGACUUGGUAUAGCCACUUCUGUCAGUUCUUCGAUUUCCAAUCGGAUGACGAGUACCUCGCCUGCAAUCGACCCUUAUUUGGCUGUUUAUUGGUUCGCGGCAGCAGCCGCAGGCAUAUCUUUGUUCAUGGUGCCGUUCUUAAAGCUCGGCACCCAAGGAAACGCGGAGCCCCAGAGUGAUCGAGAUGAUCAAUUGGUCCCUGACGACGAAAAGACUGGUGAGAUCAUAACGACUACCGACCUCGCAGAUGUCCCGAUCGCAAGUGUUAAUAACUCUGUGGGUCCUCAUAUUUUGGAGACCACUGGGACCGAAAAAAAGUAA